AUGGAUCUUCGCGAGGUGUUAAACCAGCAAUCGUUGAGCGUUGUCCAUUUCGCCGGCCAUGGCAGCGCCCAGAACCACGCUUGCAUAUACUGUCGACGAUCUCAAAUGGCUUGUGAUCUCGAAAGACCGUGCACCAGAUGCAUCAAACGGAAUAUCGGACAUCUAUGCCACGACGAGCCAAGCGACAAUGAUUCCAAUAACAGAAAGACUAUCCAGACUGCCCAGACUCCGCAAACCAACACUAUGGAUCACACUGGAGCGGCAGAGGAUCAGAAAUACAAGAUAUUGGCCGACUUUGGGAGAAAGCAUAUCAAGGCUUGGACCAACUUAUCACUUGCAAAUAUGAACGGUCUAACUGCCGAUCCUGAUUCUUCUGCCGAAGGCCUCGAUUCCCUUAGUGGCCCAAACACCCAGACAUUCACGGGUGAAUCGUCAAACUAUCUUAUCACAUCAGAGGAGUUCUACGAUGUUUUAAGUAAGAAUAGGUGGUCUCCCAUUGCAGCCACAACGCAAUCAGAGUCAUUCUCGCCUUGGAGACCUCCUCAAGCACCGCCAACCUUCAGGUCUUCUUUAUUGCCAUUGAAGGACAACAAAGACCCGGCAUUCUACCGAUGA